AUGAAAUUCACGCUCCCUUUCUGUCUUGCUCUGGUUACGUACAUCACGCCUGCCUUUGCUGGUGGUGUGGAAGCAAAGGUGAAUAUCGAAUAUGCGGAUGGAAAGAGUGAUUCAAUUACUACACAUCCCCACACUGGCUGUCAUGACACUGGAGAACCCAAGACAAAGGUGAAUAAGAUCGAUGUCAUCCAAUCAGGCGAUGCGCGCCCGAAGUGCAUCUUUUACAAGGAUCCGGGCUGCAAAGGAGACAAGUGGACUAUCGAAGUCCCCAAGUCCGCCGAGGACGGGAAGAAGACGCAGAAGUUCAGCAGGCCAUUCUAUGUAGCUAGUUUGGAGUGUGUUAAAGCCGAAUAG